AUGGUACUCAUUAUUAGCUUCCUGUGCUCAUAUCUAGGAAUAUUUGCACAAAGAGUAGAUUCUAUAAGCCUUCAGCAAGGACACACCUCAGAGUCUUAUUCAAGUGAUGAUCCUUUAGAAGUCCAAUCACAAGAUCAGUCAUCUGGAGCUUCAGUGUGUCCAAAAUACAUAUGCUUAGAUGAAUAUGUUGACAAUUGUUUAACCACUUCUGGUGACACCCACAAAUUAGGUGACUGUAAAGACAAUUUUUAUUGUCCUAGUUUUAGCCUAUCAUCGCCUCCUGAAUCAGUCGAAUGUGUACAAGCAGAGCAUAGUUACGAGCCGCCAUCUAUUGAUUGCGUCAUAUAUGCAUAUGAAAAUGACGUAUGCAACCAAACCAUCCCUUGCCAUCCUGACUAUUUUUGCAAAGAAGGAGCACUUAUAUGUACCAGAAGAGCUUCUAGUGGAGACAUUUGUGAGUAUUUAGACGACUGUGAAAUAGGGAAUAUUUGCAAUAAAGGAAUAUGUGUAGAGUAUUUCACAGUAGAUUCAGGAAAUUCAGCAGACUCAAAACUAGCAUGCUCCUCAGCUAAACUUUCUAAUGGGAUUUGUAGUGAAUCUUCAGCUACAACUGGAAGCGACUUACCAAAAUUAUGUGAAAGUGAUGAUGACUGUAUAGCGAGUGAUGGGGCGAAAGGUGAAUGUAUAUGUGUACCAAAUAGCCGCAGAGAAAAAUACUGCAGGCUGCAUGACUCUGAUGAGCCAGUUAAAAAUUAUCUUGCUGCUGCUAAUGAUGGAAGGAUUGAAAGCAGCAGUUUUUUAUUGUACUAUGAAUUAAAUUACCCAAUAAUUGAAAGAGCUGAACCUUGCUAUUUUAAAGAUACACAGGAGCUGAUUAAAUUCAAACAAUUAAAAAAGUGGGCAAAUAAAUGCUCACUCCUCCAUACUUGAUUGAACCGAUUUCCAUAAAUUAAAAAAUAAUUUUUAAACAAAUUUUUAUUAACGAGGACUAAAAAAUUUUUUCAAUAUAAAUAUUGUGUGCGCUAUACAUAAUGCAGCAUAUUAUCAAAUGUACUAGAAAUUUCAUUAUAAUAUCUAGGAUUAAUUAUAAUCAAAGAUAGGUAGUUAGAUUUGAGGUCGGGUAGAAAGCAGAUUUUAUAUCAGAACAUUUGAAAAUUAAUUUUCCUAUCUUAAUUGAAUAGUUCAAUCAAAGAUAGGGGGAGAUAGCAAGCUAUUUAGCAUUGAUUGGGUUGCUUAUAAUUAUUUUUUAA